AUGGCAGCUCCUCCGCCGCCGCCAACGCCGCCUCCUCCACCUCCUCCACCUGGAGGGCUCUCCCUCUACGAGAAUCUCCUCGAUCCCAACGAUAGCUCUUCAGCCUCUGCCACGAUCUCAUCAGCACCCGUUCUUUACAACCAAUCAGACAACGCGUCUGCGGAAACUACGAUUAAGAAAGUCAUUGAUCCUGCCCUUCGCUUUCAACCUAUUCGCCGACCACAAGUGAAGCAAGCCAAACCGAAGCCAACAUUUCCCAAACCCACUCUCCCUAAGCAGACUGUCGCUACCACUACCACUACCGCUCCUACUUCUGCCGAUGCCGCUGUUCCCGUUCCCACUCCUGCACAAACGAAGACAACACUUGCAGACUGGGCAGCGACAGAAGAGGAUGAGUGGAUGUAUGGCGCGGUCGAGAAACGCCAGCGCGGUGGUCGCAAAAAGAAGAAGAAAAGGCACGAGGAAGAAUUUGAGACAAAUUGGGAGGAUAUAUAUGACCCUACAAGGCCAACUAAUGUGGAAGAGUACCUACACAGCGAUGAGAAGGUUCAAGAAGUGAGAGAUUGGAAAGCUUUACUUUACAGACACCGACGAAAGCGUGAUGAAAGCGACAUUUCAGACGAUAAUGAGAAUGAAGAAGCCCGGCAGGUCCCAUCCAAUCAAUUUGCUCCACCUCCAUCUUAUUCAUUUGUACCACCACCACCUCAAUCACCUCCGACUGCAGCUCCAGCUCCUCCCCCAGACGAUACAACUGGAGGUCAUGCGACUUCUCGCCCGUCGGCCAUUUCCCAAGGACAACCUGCCCCACCCCCUCCUGGACCUCCAGGCUCUGUCACAAUAUCGCGUGCUCCUGUUAGAUACACACAACCUCAGGAUACAGAGGAUGUGGCAGUAGAAGAUGAACAAGACGACGCAUAUUCCCCACCUCCAGCCUUUGGUUCAGAUCUCCCUCCACAACCCGACGACGAUUCUCAGCCCCGGUCCAGCCGACCAGGUCAAUCCGGCUUUGCGCAUCGACUCAUGAGCAAAUACGGGUGGACAAAAGGCAGCGGCCUGGGCGCUGAUGAGUCGGGAAUUAUUAAUCCUCUACGUGUCCAGGUUGAGAAGCGGCGGAAGAAGGCCGAUGCAGAUGGCGGAGGCUGGGCUGAACCAGGAAGCAAGGGCAAGAUCAUUGGAGGGAAGCGGAAGGAUGAUAACACAGGCAAGUUCGGGACUAUGAGCGACGUCAUAGUACUACGAAAUAUGCUUGAGAAUAUGCCCAACCUUGAGGAAGAGAUCACUGGAGGCUUAGGGCAAGAGAUAGGAGAGGAGUGUGGAGAGAAGUACGGACGUGUGGAGAGAUUAUACAUCGACCAGGAAAGCCGCAGAGUCUUCAUCAAGUUCACGAAUCAGGUUUCAGCACUCAGGGCUGUGAAUGAACUAGAUGGUCGCGUAUUUAACGGCAAUACAAUUAUACCUGAGUUUUAUGAUACAGAGAGGUUCGAACAAGGGAAGUACAACUAG